ACGCUCUUCACCCUCUAUCUAGUCUUCUGCUCGCACCUCCCUGUAUCUUCUCGGAGUACAGCCAUGACAGAUCUCAGCGUCUACGACAAUGAUCCCACACUCUACCUCUUCACGUCGCUCACGGCGGGCUCGUCGCACAUCGUUACAGCCACGUCCCGCAUCGAGACGAUCCUGAAAGCGAACAAGAUCCCCUUCAAGGGCGUCGACACUGCCACAGAUGACCUAGCACGCAAGCUCUACGGGCGCAGGGGGGGCGGAAGAAAGCUACCGCUGCUGGUAAAAGAAGGCUACGUACUGGGAGAUCUCGAGCAGAUCGAGGAAUGGAACGAGUAUGGUGAGCUCAAGGAGGCCUUGGGCGUCACAGCAGCCACAGCCCCGCCCAAGCCGGCAUCAUCCGCCUCCACCACCACUCCCCUGUCAGCACCAGCUCCAGCACCGAAGGAGAAUGUCCCAGCGGCGACGUCUGAGCAGAAUCUGGCAAUACGCCAGCUAGGUGCUCAAGCGGCCAAAGUUGCUGCGUCGAAGAAGCCUGCCCCCGCCCAUAUCACAACCACAAAUCCGUUGCUUUCCGAGAAAGUCAAUACUCCCUCCAAAGCCACGCCGACAAAGGCAGGCCCAGAAGGGAUCCUUUCCCCGCGCUCGAUCCCCCUCCCCGCCACACCUACACCAGUAUUGAAAGGCAAGGAACAAACUGAGGCAGAGAAAUUCGGCAUACCGAAGCCCGGGAACGUGAAGCCGAAGCUACCGCCGUCCAUGCACAUAGAUGCCGCAAAUCCCGCACUCAAUGCCGGGCCGGUUGCGGUAUCCCAAGCGUCACCAGCACGUUCAACACCUCCUAUCUCCCCACUACCCCGCUCCGGAUCUGGGGAACUCAAGCAGUAUCAUGGCUCGAAUAUCAGUUUGGCGAGUGACGAGGAGAUCAAGCAGAUUGAGAAGGAGCAGACGAUCCCUGAAGUUAGCAGCUCCGAGGAAGAGGACUCAGAGGACGAGAGGCUGAAGGGGAAGUUGUCUCCACUGUCCCCAGUCAAGCCAACGGCAACCACACCUGGAGGGACUACGCCGCCGAAAGAGACUAGCAAAAUCAAGUCAGAAGAGGAGGACGAGGAGGACGAGGAAGAUGACGAGGAAGAAGAUGGAGAGGAUGAUGAAGAUGAAGACGAAGACGACGAAGAAGAAGAGUCAGGGGAGGACGAGGAUAAGAAGAAGCAGAUCAAGAAGUCAAUCAAGAAGGAUGAAGAUGAGGAUGAGGACGAGGACGAGGACGAGGACGAAGAGGAAUCAGAUGAGGAAUCAGAUGAAGGAGACUCAAAUGAAGAAGAAUCGGACGAGGCGCUUCAGCAGCAGAGUGUGAAAACUGCUAGAAAAGCCGGCGUUGGUGUCAAAGAUUAAGUUGCUGGCCGCGCGGGCAGUAGAGUGACGCAAUACCAGCAUGCUGAUACAUGUCACGAUGGUUUAGCAGGGCGAGAAUACCCUUUUGUGCAGGUUGGUGAUGUCGAGAAGAAGGACAAUGGGAUCUGACCUUCCGUCGUUGGUUGAGUACACUCACGUCCUGGUUAUAUAGUUGACACGUUUUGGCACUACAAUUAUAAACCUG